AUGGCUACCACCAAAUUUCUUUCAUUUCUUGUCAUACUAACAAAUUUGUAUAGCUUAUUGCAUGCCCAGAUUCCACAAAAUAUUAGCUUAGGAUCCGGUAUUACCGCCGGCACCAAUGUUACUUGGCGGUCAAUCUCCGGCGAAUUUGCAUUCGGUUUCUACCCUCUCCAUAAUAAUCUAUACCUCAUGGGAAUUUGGUUCGACAAAAUCCCGGAAAAAACACUAAUCUGGUCAGCCAACCGAAACUCUCCUGCAGAACCUGGAUCCACCAUCCGACUAACUUUUGCCGGUCAGCUUUUCUUGACAUACUCCAACGGUACUGUUCGUCCUGUAUACAACGGUGCAGCUGCAGGUUUAGGCUUCAUGCAAAAUGAUGGCAAUUUUGUGUUGAGAGAUGACAGUUCAAGAAUUGUCUGGCAGAGCUUUGAUUCUCCGACGGAUUCGCUCGUGCCAGGUCAGGUUCUGAGGAAUGGCCAGAAGAUUUAUUCUAACGUGAAAGGGAGUUCCGAUUACUCGGUCGGGAACUUCAUGUUGGAAAUGCAAUAUGAUGGGAAUUUGGUGCUGUCUGCUUAUAAAUUUUCUGAUCCUGGUUAUUGGUAUACAGGAACUCUAGUUGGCAAUGUGAGUCUAGUGUUUAAUCCUGACGCUAGUCUGUACCUUGUGAAUAGUACUAAUGAUGAAAUUUACUCGUUGAGAACGAAUUUCUCGGCUCCUGUCGGGGAGUUUUAUUAUCGUGCAACGAUUGAUGAUCGCGGGAAUUUCCGACAUUUUGUUUAUCGUAAAUCUAACGGAACUAGAUGGGCGAGUGUGUGGCAAGCUGUGGAUGAACCUUGCUUUGUGAAUUCUGUGUGUGGUGUCAAUGGCUUUUGUACUUCUCCUGAUAAUAAAACAGUGAAUUGUGGUUGUAUACCGGGUUAUGUUCCGUUGGAUCGUGAUGAUGUUUCGAAAGGGUGUCGUCCGGAAACUGUAGUGAACUAUUGUGCAGAUGCUUCGGUGAGGAACUUCGAAGUACAAGUGAUUGAUGAUGCGGAUUUUCCUUUUGAGGGUUUCGCGGAUUUGAGUCGAGUAUUGAAUGUUGACGAGGAGGGAUGUAAAGAAGCUCUUAUGAACGACUGCUAUAGUUUGGCGGCUUCUUUGAUCGAUUCUAGAUGCAACAAGAAAAGAGCGCCCCUGCUAAAUGCUAGAAAGAGCGCGUCUACUAAAGGAAGAAAGGCGUUCGUCAAGGUACCAAUGAAGAUUAGCAAUCCUGAAAUUCCGAAAGAUAGCAAGGAAAAUGAUUUUAAUGUUGGAGCGUUUCUCAAGAUUAGUCUAAUUGUUAGUGUUGUAUUUGCUUCUGUGUUCGGAGCCACUGCCUUCUAUUACCAUCCCACUUCCCGGAGACUUUUUAUCCGGGGGGGCUACUCUUCUAAUACGAAUACCAUCGGAAUUAACUUUCGAGAAUUCAACUACUCAGAAUUGCAUGAAGCAACCAACGGGUUUAGCAGGACAUUAGGCAGAGGAUCCUCUGCUAAAGUUUACGGAGGAACUCUACGCUUCAAGGACGUACAGAUUGAUAUUGCAGUGAAGAAGCUAGUGAAAGAUAUUGAAAAAAGCGAUGAGGAGUUCAGGGCGGAGCUGAAGAUAAUAGGCCGUACACACCACAAGAACUUAGUAAGAUUAUUGGGAUUCUGUGCUGAAAACAAUCAGAGGCUUCUAGUUUUCGAGUUGAUGGCCAAUGGGUCGCUAUCUAAUCUUCUAUUUGGGGAGGGAGUAAAAGCAAGGUGGAACCUGAGGGCAGAAUUGGUGCUCGGAAUUGCGAGAGGAUUGUGA